AACUUCAUCACUUUUCAGCCGAACAUGCCCGACAUUCGAUUCGAAGAGGACGCCUACGCGGCCGACGGUGAUCUACAGCUCACGAGGAAUCGAGUUGAUGGUCCUCUAGGCGAUAGUUACGGUCGAGUCUCUUACGACAAGCCCGUGCAGCUUUGGGAUUCCAACACAAAACUCCUCACAGAUUUCACUACCCAUUUCACGUUUGUCAUCGACGGUCUCAACCAAAGACUGUCCGGAGAUGGGUUAUCGUUCUUUAUUGCACCGUUCGAGUCACAAAUUCCUUACAACUCAAGUGGCGGAUACCUCGCACUAUUCACCCCAGAAUCUUCGAAGAAUUCGAGUACCACUAAUCCUAUUGUUGCAGUCGAGUUCGACACUUAUUUAAAUCCUUGGGAUUAUUCAAGCUACGAUCAUAUGGGAAUCGAUAUCAAUUCCAUUUCUUCAGUAACAGAUGUCACGUUACAAACCAGCUUGAGAGAUGGCUCUAGAGUGGCAAAUGCUUGGGUGAGUUAUAACUCCACUUCUCACAAUUUGAGUGUCUUUCUGACUUAUACGGAUAAUGAUGCCUAUAGUCUUUCGUACAUAGUAGAUUUGAGGAAUGUUUUGCCGGAGAAGGUAAGAGUUGGUUUUUCUGCAGCCACUGGUGAUCUGAUUCAACUACAUAAAGUUCAUUCAUGGUCAUUUAACUCAACCUUGGAGAGUGUUAUUGGUGGUGCUAAAAAUAUCACCCUCAAUGGAAAAGGAAAAGGCAAAGAAAGACUAUCGAUUGGUUUAGGUGUGGGGUUUGGUAUUCUAUGUUGUGGAGUAGUAGUACUUGGUUUGGUAUGGUUCGUGUUAUGGAGAAAGAGAGUUGGCAGAGAAAUGGAAUCAGAGGAGGAAGAUUAUGAUGUCUCCAUGGAUGGCGAGUUCGAAAGAGGGGCUGGCCCCAAGAGGUUUACUUACAUCGAACUAAGUGAAGCAACAAACCGUUUUUCCGAGGAAGGGAAGCUUGGAGAGGGAGGCUUUGGAUGUGUCUACAAGGGCCGCUUAAGCAAGUCCAACAUCGAAGUUGCGGUUAAAAAGGUGUCUAAAGGAUCAACGCAGGGGAAGAAAGAGUAUAUUUCUGAGGUGAAAAUUAUAAGUCGUUUAAGGCAUAGGAAUUUGGUUCAACUUAUUGGUUGGUGUCACAAACGGGAUAAGUUUCUUCUUGUCUAUGAAUAUUUGCCCAACGGAAGCCUUGACAGACACCUAUUUGGUGGGAAGCUCAAUCUGCCGUGGGAAGUAAGGCAUAAAAUAGCUCUUGGUUUGGCCUCAUCCCUUUUGUAUCUUCAUGAAGAAUGGGAACAGUGCGUGGUGCAUAGAGAUAUCAAGUCAAGUAAUGUCAUGUUGGAUUCAAACUUCAAUGCCAAGCUAGGUGACUUUGGGCUAGCAAGGCUAGUCGACCAUGAAAGGGGCUCAGACACAACUGUGUUAGCUGGAACAAGAGGGUACAUGGCCCCGGAGUGUCUCACCACUGGCAAGUCUAGUAAAGAAUCGGACAUCUACAGCUUCGGCGUGGUGGCCCUUGAAAUCAGCUGUGGGAGAAAACCAGUUGUAGUUAAUGAAGAACCAAGCAAGGUGAUGCUGGUUCAGUGGGUGUGGGAACUCUAUGGAAAAGGCCAGAUUUUUGAAGCUGUUGACAAGAAACUAAGUAUGGAAUGCGAGAACAAAGAGAUCAAAUGCUUGAUGGUAGUAGGUUUAUGGUGCUGUCAUCCUGAUCCCACGUGUCGGCCAUCUAUAAAGCAAGUGAUCAACACUCUUAAUUUUGAAGUUCCCUUGCCUAGUCUCCCUCCGAAGAUGCCAGUGCUAAUGUAUUAUGUGCCUCCAUACAACAUAACUACUCUUCAUCAACUUCAAAACUUUGAAAAUCAUUAAUUCUUUUCCAUAAUGUGCCAAGGUAUGUGUGUUUUUGCUCUGUUCAGUGAAUAGUGUUUUCCAACGGUCUUGUAUCUUUUAUC